CCUGACAAAGUGUACAGAGACGUGCUCUGGAGGCAGCUCUAUUUUUUGUCAUUGAUAAGUGUAUUUUUCCCCUAUCUCUAAUUAUAUUUAGGAUAUUUUGUGGAUACACUUACGCAUCUCCUGACGUCCCUUUCAUUCACUCAUCAGCCAGAUCAAUUAACUAUAUAAGAAUUAUUCCUCCUAAACACAAGAUAUAGUGGAAUACAUUGGUUCUUGUUGCAGCCUACUGAAAAGAAAAAUCAAAGGCAAAAGGAACCAAUAUGUUGAAUUUUGAUCCAUGGCCAAGUUCCCCUCAAUGCUUGUCGAAACCUAAGCUCUGCACUGCCUAUAUACUGCUCCUACUUGUGUCAUUCACCGUCAUAUCUGCCCAAAGCAGGUCUUUUAAUCAUCAGAUUGACAACAGAAGUCCUGAGAUUGAUCCCUACUGGUAUGUGGGUCGAGGAGUUCGACCAAUAGGUCGGUUUGGAAAACGCCAGCUAAAAUUUAAGAAGACAUUUCAGCCUCGAUUAAGAUUUCUCUUAGAGCAGACCCUGGAGAUCAUGAAGAAACAUGGAGUACUUAAUAUAGAGAAAAUACAUUCUUGGUGACUUGUUUACCUUUACUGUUAAAGGGACAAAUAUAUAUUUAUAAAGUGUUAAUAUAUAUUUUAAAGUGAGACUUCCUGUAUUGCUGACAGCCCAGUAUUUUUGUUUGCUUUAAACUGCACACCUAACAUGGACGUUUGCUUCUGAUCUGAUCUUUUAAGUAUUGUUUAUUUUAGGACAUUUUCUCAUUCAUGUUCUAAAGCACAUACACACACAUUGCAGCACUUGUCUUGUCUAAGAAAUGUAAGGUAUGCUGACUGAUUCAUUGAGAGGUGCAAUAAAGAAAUUAGCUACUGUAUUGAAACACUAAAAUAUAUCUUUGGUUCUGGGUUUGCACCCAAAACGGGGUUCCAGUACUGUUAAGGUUGGGUCUCCAUGAUUCUUCUUCUUAAAUUAGAACUAAAGCUUAACUAAAGAACUAGGGUAGAAAUGCUGCGUUUUGAGG